AAUACGAACGUACAAUGCCACCAAAAUGCUAUGGUGGGAAACCUUGGCGCCAUUAAUCGGAAAAUCUUGCGCGGUUCCUUCUUUAUUUAAUCCCUCAAAUCCAGCAUUUCUCCCACCUUCAAAGUCGUUUCUCCCUAUAUUCGCAUCUCGUUGCCGUUUCUCCCUAUAUUCGCAUCUCGCUGCCGUUUCUCCAGGAUGGCUCAAGCCGAAGUUCAGAAUAACAGCCCUGAAAUCAAAGAACCGGUUCCCAAGAUUCCCAAGCUUCAACAGAAUGGCGUUCAUGAGGUCUCAGAAACUCCGGUCGCUCUAUUUAGGGUUAAAAAGCUCUCUGAAAAAGCUAUUUUGCCUUCCAGAGCUUCUCCUUUAUCUGCGGGAUAUGAUCUCUCCAGUGCAACUGAGACUAGGGUCCCUGCUAGAGGGAAGGCUCUUAUCCCAACAGAUCUGAGCAUUGUCAUUCCUGAAGGAACAUAUGCUCGAAUUGGGCCUAGAUCAGGAUUAGCAUGGAAGCACUCCAUUGACGUGGGUGCAGGUGUGAUAGAUGCUGAUUACAGGGGUCCAGUUGGGGUUAUAUUGUUUAAUCAUUCGGAUAUGGAUUUUGAUGUUAAAGUGGGAGAUCGGAUUGCCCAGCUAAUUAUCGAGAAAAUUAUGACUCCUGAUGUUGUGGAAGUUGAGGAUUUGGAUACAACUUUGAGAGGUGAAGGAGGAUUCGGUUCAACUGGCAUUUGAGUUUUGGGUAUUUGUUUGUAUUUACUAUGAUCUAAGAUAUCUUUGCUUUUCCUUUUGGGGGGGUUCUUAGGACAGCUUGGCUCAGUAACUUAAGCAAACAGAUGGUUUGCUUAAGAAUCGAAAGAAGAAAAGCCCCUGUUCUGCAAGUGGUUUUCAAGAAAAUUCGAAUUCGGAAUGUCAUGAAGAUAUUUAGACGAAAUUAUGCACCUUUACUUGCACAUGAAAUAUGCAAGCUAAUCAGAUAAAUAAAUCCAAUCACUACAAUUGAGUUUUCUGCA